AUGCCAGCAAAUGGUACCGAGAUCUUGCCACCGCUUCUCCCCAUUUCACCUGAGGACCAUGGAGCGUGGGUGAUUACCAUGAGUACUAUAUUAUUGAUGGUUGCGGCUUUGGCGACUUCGGUGACGCUUAUCUCGCGGGUGCGAAUUCUUCGCUCAUUGACUUGGACUGACACAUUCCUCGUUGCGGCAACGAUCCUUUUCAUUCUUCAAACGACCUGCGUGAAUUUUGCCAGUUCGAAUGGUAUCGGUAAGCACAGAGAUACUUUAAGUGAUGUGGUGUUUCAGUCUUAUAACAAAUUUCUCUGCGCAAGCCAAAUCCUGUCGGUUAUCGUGUUAGCGUGUUCGAAGGCUGCCGUUGCACUUCUCUUGAUUUCCAUAAAACCGUUUAAUACAGUCCUUGUCGCAUGUCAAGUGCUUCUAGGGCUGAUUGGAGCCUGGACCAUGGCAUUUGCUAUCACUCUAGCUGUCCAAUGUGCACAGCCCCAGCUAUGGAACCUCAACUCCAACAGUCACAUAGAUCAGGAGGCACUUUACACGGGUCUGGCGGUGUGCCACAUAUUGCUUGAUAUAGCUCUUGUCGCAUUACCUAUGGUCCUGAUGUGCAAGGUCCAGAUGCCGCAGUGGAAGCGCCUCCAAAUUUGCGCUCUCUUUGGACUACGUGUGCUGGUUCCUGCCCUGACUAUACAGCACAUCGUGUCGCUUCGCCCCGUCUUCCACUCAAUACCCCUCGACCAACCGUGGCAUAUUCUCAUGCCAACACUAUGGCUGCAAUUUAUACAAGGUGCAUCUAUUAUUUGCACAUGUAUCCCGAGCCUCAAGCGGGCUCUCGCUGAGCUACAAACGGGGAUGAUGGCUGGCACUGUUUCUGAGUUGUUCGAACUUUCGGUUUCUGGGGCACAUGGCGGGAUGACGGAUGGUUAUAUGCCAAAACCAGGGGGACAGAGCGCGAAUGCGACCGGGCACUACGGACUUGACUCAGGUGGUGGCAGAAAGAAGCACAUGAAAAGGCUGCGCCCCAGUAAUCAUAGACGAAUGAUAGAACCGAGUGAGAGCAUGCGAGAUCUCAGAGGAAGUGCUAUAAUACAGACUGUCGGGUACGAGGUCCGUUGGGAGGCAAGUGGGCAGUUUAGCCGGUCGAUGCUUAAAUGA